GUGACUGACACUCACAGCACUCUCCCUGUCGAUCUUAUCUUCCUUUUCUCUUCUUCCACUAAACUCAAGUGGAGUUCAACAAAGAGGCCCCAAGUUGAUUUCAAGGGGCGUCGCUGUCCUUAUAUGGUAAGAUCAACACAAGCAUUUAAAGCUGCUCAACUCUGGUCCAUAUUUGGUACCAGUGGGUACCAAAUACCUUGCUUUUCUUGAGGAAUUAAAGCGGUAUGUUCUUCAAUUCUGAGGAUCCCAUAAUCCACCAUCGAGCAAAGCAACAAAAAUGGGAGAAGCUAAGUUCAGCUUCAAGGACAAAAGAUGGUCACUCAGUGGAAUGACUGCUCUAGUGACAGGGGGAACCAGAGGCAUAGGUUAUGCCAUAGUAGAAGAAUUAGCAGAAUUUGGAGCAGCUGUGCAUAUAUGUUCACGUAACCAAGCAGAGAUUGACAAAUGUUUGAACGAUUGGAAAAGCAAAGGGUUUAGUGUGACCGGAUCAGUUUGUGAUGUACAAUUUCGUGAGCAAAGAGAAAAUCUAAUGGAAAUUGUUGCCUCCAUCUUCCAAGGAAAGCUUAACAUUUUAGUAAACAACGUUGGAAAAUAUCUUAUUAAGGAAACUACAGAUUACACUGCUGAAGAUGUAUCAACAAUUAUGAGCACAAAUUUUGAGUCUGCUUAUCAUUUGAGCCAACUUUCUCACCCACUUCUAAAAGCAACAGGAUAUGGUAGCAUGGUUUUUAUCUCCUCUGUUUCUGGUGUGAAAGCUUUGCCUCUCUUGUCUGCCUAUGCAGCAUCUAAAGGAGCUAUAAACCAAGUCACAAAGAACUUGGCAAUGGAAUGGGCAAAAGAUAACAUUCGUGUAAAUACAGUGGCACCAGGACCUGUGAUGACUGCAAUUUCAGAGUCUAACACGAACAAAUCAAGAGGGGAAAAGGCAACAAAUGCAGUAAGUUCUAUAUUGUCUCAGAUACCCAUAGGCCGCAUGGGAAAGCCUAAGGAGAUUUCAGCAAUAGUUGCUUUCCUCUGCCUUCCUGCUGCUUCGUACAUCACCGGUCAGAUCAUUUGUGCUGAUGGAGGUUACACAGUUUGAAUGGUUUUGAUGAUCCUAUGAAGACAAAAUGUUAGGGCCGUGUUUGCCUAUAGGCAAUUAAGUAAGGUCUUUGCCUUGGGCCUCAGAAAAAUUGUCUUUUAUGUCCCGAACCCAAAUAAAACCCUUGUUGCACUUUUCCUGUUA